AUUAGAGAUUAUUUACAGAUUGUGUUUCUUUUAUAAAAGCAAAGCAAACAAACUAACGUUAGAAAUGGUUUUAAAACGAUUUGUUUACAUAAAUCUAUGACGAGCGAAAGACGGAAAAGCGGAUGAGAAAAAUAUUUACAUUUAAAAUUGAAAGAAGGGAAGUAAUGCUUGUUGUGUGUGGAUGAUUCAGUUGUAAUUUUUAUUGUUUUUUUGAAGUGCUGACGUUAACUGGUUGACAUUUUGAAAAGAAGCAUAAAGUACCUCGGUCUGGAUCUAUAUAUUCGUGAUAAGGUGUACCACUUUGUCAAAUUCAAGUAUAUUUUUGUGUGACUUUUCUUUAGAUAAAAAUAGAUACGUUAUAGAGAACUAUUUAGUUGGAAGUAGAUUUUACACACGAAAGAAAAGUCGAAUUAACGAUUUGAUGUUUAAAAUGACGAAUUUAAAAUCAUUAGAGGAUGUAUGCACUGUUUUUUUGAUUCCCGACGUUAACUGCACGUGUGAUAAUAAAGACAUAUCAGCCGCAUUGGGUACAAAGUUUACAUUCUGUUCUCCCUCUGUGCCACCAUCUACAGAAUUUGUGGAUAGCCAAGAUAUAAUAGCAAGAACCUUAGCAAUAGCAACAAUAAUAGCUUCUUUAAUAGGCAUUCAGGGUAAUUCCUUGGUUCUCAUCGUAGCUUGGAAAGGAAGAUUUACUUUAAUAAGAUACCAAAAGUUAUUAGUUGGUUUAGCAAUAUGCGAUCUUCUGUUUGCAGUUUUCCAAAUGAUACUGACACCGUAUUUUUGGACACAAAAAUGGCAGUAUGGACAAGUAUUGUGUAAAACAUUCCGGAGUGGUGUUGAUCUAGGCGCGUUUAUUGGUUUGGGAUUCAUAGUAAUAAUUAGCGUAGAGAGACACUCGGGUAUAUCAAAUCCAAUGUUUAACUCCAAGAAGGUCAUUAUCAUAUUGACAUGUUUUAAUAUCAUAUUCGGCAUGAUUAACGCAAUUCCUUUGUUAGUUUUUUAUGACGUUAAUGAACACGACCGUUGCUUACCGGAAUGGCCGAGUAAAAAGGGUCAAUUGGGCUAUUCAUGGUACAGUUUAAUUGUGCUCAAUCUAUUACCUAUAUCUGUAGUGACAGUUUUGUAUAUUAACAUCAUACGUAUUGUGAGAAAGGGUUUACUGGAUGCGACGAUUCAGGUUUCAAUGGAACCCAAACUCCUUGUUAGAAGAUUAAAGGAAACGAAACGAAUAAUGAAAAUUGUCGCCGCGCUGUUGUUGGCGUUUAUUUGUUUCGUUUUCCCACACAGUGUGAUAUCCCUGUACUUUUUAUUGAGAGAAAAGAUUGAUAACAAAACCUAUGAAGCUCUCUCCAUCGUGGGUCUGAUUUCACAUCCAUUUCAUGUAGCUAUUAAUCCUGUUUUAUAUAGUGUAUUCGAUUCACGAUGGAGAAAUGAAAUCAAAUUGUUAUUUAAAGUGAAAUCAACAUCAAGACCAAGCAUGGUUGGAAGCCCUUUCACUAUGCGAACACAAGAAAUGCCACGGAGGACUGGUACCAAUUGUUUAGUCACGCAAGAUGACGGUGGUGAUUCUAUAAGCAUGACAUCUUAAAUAAUGUGAAUUUAGAAAUGUGACGCUCAUAAAUAGCAAUGACAAGCUUCCAGUUCAAUGAACCUUUAAUAGCAGUGAAUAUGUAAGAGGAAAAUUAUUGCUAAAAAACAAUUGAUUGGAAAGAUAAUACUACAGUCAUCAAGGUUUAUCACAAGAGUAUUUGUCGAAACCUCUCCAUUUGUCAGGAUUUAUACGAUGUAGCCAAACAAUGGUAUUUUUAGCUAAGUUAUGUCACCCUUGAUCUGCAGCAAACUAGAGAAUUAAAAACAUUUUUUUACCAGUAGCUAACAAGAAUGUAGAAUAUUAAAAAUAAAUAGAAUAUAGAAACUUAUUUAACACAA